CAAAAAACGUGAGCAUUUUCUAUCCUCGAAAUGUACCCAUGUACACUAUAUACAGUAUGUCAUAGCCUCUCCUAUCGGUGAUAUCAUCAACAUGAUCAUGAGGAAUUGACAUUAAAUAGGUAUACAAGUGGUGUGGUGAGGAUGAGUGUUCAAUGACGCAAUAAGUAUUUGUUAUGACUUUGUCUUUUACCAGGAACAAAUGAGCUCCUGCUUUUACUGUCCGAUUAACCUUAUACCAAAAUUAGAAGCUAUAAACACUUGAGUUGGCACUUGUAUUUUUCAUGAGGGUCCUUCCUGUUAGUAGGACAUGACCUCACUAGACACUAGAUCUAGCAGUAAAUUAUUAUGGAAGCUCAUUCAGUCAUACGUACAUCAAUAGCUAGCCUAACUUUAGUUUGCAGUAAAUAUUGAGAAGAAUGAAACUGCUGUUAUUUCUUUGUAUGGUGUGUGCUGUGGUGUGUGACUAUGAGCUUAGGGUGAGGGUCCACUCAUAUCUGAAUGAAGACAGUAGAUGUGCCACUUGCACUCCCUCCCUGGUCAACCCGAUGUACGGUUGCUGUGACAACCAGACCAACACAGGAGUGUGCAGUGGAGAUGAACUUUGCGAUAUUUUCUUCCGAUACUGCCUGAGGUCAUUAGGAGCGACAGGGAUACGAUGUCCACUCAACGUCACUGCUGUGGAUACAUUUUUGUUUCUUUCCAACACUGACAUUCUAUUGGAUAUUGGGGACACAGUACUGGGGUCUGAGAACCCAUUCUUAUACUCUGGACCUGUCUGGAUGGGUUUUCAGUUUUACCUGAUGGCCAAAGACAGUGGCAUACCAGAUGGAGUGGGUGCUAAAGACAUUGAUUCGUUUGCUAUUGAUCUAAACAUUGAGGGUGGUCAGAGACUGAAGCCACAAGUGUUCCAAGGAAGGUUUAGGAUCGCUGAGAUUGAGCUGAGCUUUGAGGUGAUCUGUACGGACAACUACAGCUUCCCCAACUGCACGUCAUGUGACCCGGGUACCUCUAACAUGUGCACUCAGAGAGGGACAGCCACGACUCUACCCCCACCCGACCCACCUGGACCAAAUGACGUUACUACAGAUGUGAGAUCAAAUGGUACAACAGCUGCUAUAGCGGGUGGUGUAGUUGGGGGACUGGUGGGUGUUGUGCUGAUUGCAGUGAUAGUCAUUGUCAUAGUGAUUAUCGUUAAGAACAAACAAGAGUCAUCUGAAAAUGACAGUAGUGGAGAAACAGCCAAUGAUGACAUAAUAAUAUGUCAAAACAAUGCAGUGUACGGUGUGAACACUCAAACCAACACUCUCACUACUACUGGUCUACUCCCUUCCUCGCUACAAGAGCACGAGUAUGACUACCCCCUGCAUGAUAUAUCGGAGCCCCUCCCAUCGGUGUAUGAAAGUGUGGAUGAUAAUAACAAGGAACUCAUGGUAAAUGUAAAUGUUAGCUAUGCAACUGUUCCUGAGCGUUGGACAGACUAGUGAUAAUAAUGAUGAUGUCAACUUAUGGCAAUGACUUUAACUGAUGUACACAAUUAUUUUUAUUUGGAAUUCGAUGAAAUCAGUUGUCC